AUGCGCUCCAGACCCUUCACCAGCUCCGCUCCCCUUUUCCAGACUCGUGCCCUUCUCCUAAAACAACACCCAUCAAAUCACCAAAAUCCCGGGUGUGUUCGGGGUGUGUUCGGGGGCGGUACCGCAGCGCGGCGGGCGCGCCGCGAUGACCUCACGCCGCGGCACCGGGGCCCUGCGGAAGCUCUGCGGGACGGGCAGGGCCAGGUCCGGGGCCGGGCAGGUCCCGCCCGCGCUGCCCGGGGCCGCGAGCGCCAUGAGCGGGGCUGCCCCGCGUCCCCCGGCCGCAGCACCGCGGCGGCCCCGCCGCACGGCGACAGGAGGCGGGAGGCGCCGGCCGCCGGCUCCCCCAUUCAGGCCAUCAUAAAGGAUGUUGGGGAAAUCUAUUCAAGACUCCUGGAUCACAGACCAGUAAUUCAGGGAGAAAUACGUUACUUUGUUAAAGAAUUUGAAGAAAAACGUGGCCUCCGAGAACUGCGAGUACUUGAAAAUCUAAAGAAUACAAUCUUUGAAACGAAUGAUCAUGUUCUUCCUAAGUGUGAGCAGGCAAUGCAUGACAAUUUGAAUGAAACAUUCAAGAGAUUGCAAGCUGCCAACAACAUGAUCCAUAGACUCCAAGAGAAAGAGAGUGAAGUGAGAAAGCUUCAGGCAGACAAGGUGAUGGCUCGAGAAGAGAAGUGCAUCGCCCACUGGGAGGAAUUUAUGAAAGAACAGCAGAACCAACGUGCAGAGGUGGAUGAAGAGCACAGAAAAGCUAUGGAGCGCCUCAAAGAGCAGUAUUCUGAGAUGGAGAAGGAACUGGCCAAAUAUGUUUCUUUUUAAGACCUUUUUUAAUAAUGAUAGAUUUGUGCCAUUACUUAGUUUAUUCUGACUUAAAUUGAGGUUCUUUUGGAAAGCUGAAACAGAUAAGAAAAAGGAGAAUUUCCUCUACAGGCUUGGUAUGGGAAGAAAAGGUUUGCAUACUUUCAACUUAAGUGCCUAUCUCUGCUUGUUUGGUUCAGGGCAGGUGGAAUGCCAGUAUUUUUUUGUUGGGAAGUGGAAAUGAAAAUUUUGUGACUACAUCAGCUCAGGGAGUUGCAAACUAGAAUUCUCUUCCAUCAGCAGAGUAUCAUAUCAUUUAGGAAAACAGAGACUAAUGUAAUAUUAACUAUCCCAGUGUGCAGCCACAGCCCUUUCCUAAACAGUAGGUUAGUAGGUUCCAGCCAUGGUUGAGAAUUCACUGGGAAAACUGUAUAUCCUGCUUGUAGAUUUCAAGAAAAUAAACUUGUCUUAUGGAAUAUUUUACUUUGAAGUUUUAGCGGUGAAAGAUCUCAACAGAGUUUUAAAUCCAAUUGUAAUUCAAACUUUUGGGUUGUAUGUUCAGUAUUAUGAAAUAGAGUUGUGAUUCGAAUGGGUUUUGCUAGCAUAAAAAUGGCUAAGUAAGCUUGGACAACAAUUUCUUUUUUUUUCAUCAUGUAAUUGUCUCAGGCCUCUCUUUUUAAGCUUUACUGUUCUAAGCGAAGCCAAAACAAGCUCAAAAGUAAUCAUGAAAAGCAUAUUGGUCCUUGUAUUACCUUUGUAGCUAGUACAGUAUUUACCUUAAAUAUUUAUCAUGCUGUUGGUUUACUUAGGAUAAGCUUGUCAGAACUUUAUGAAGCAAUUGAAGUAAGCUUUUUGUUUCUUUAUCAACAUAACAAACGAGCAGAUUAGUGGCAAAAUGCCUGUAGUACUGAUCUGCUUUCUUACUCUUACAGGAUACAUGAAACUCAUUUUAUUUGAAACUUGCAGUUUACAGCAAUGUAACUGAAGAAGUUAACUUAAUCAGUUCAUUAACCAAGGAAAAUGAGACUUAGUACCUUAAUGAAAUUUGCUGCAAGCUAACCGUUAGUACAGGAAAUAUCUUUCCAUAAUUUAGCUGGUGUCCAAUGUAGAAUGGAAACAGGCAAAAAUAAACAGAAUUUACGCUUUACCUAUAUUGCAGCAGUAAUAUACCAACAAUGGUUGCUUGUAUAAGAUUAUGGCUUGGUGUCAAGGCUCUGCUCCUGGCAGCAUGUUGAUAGUGUGAUUGAAGUUAGUAGAGGAGAUGGAAUAAGUAUUUGAGAUUUCUUUCAAUAACACUGAAUUCCUGCCAAGCUGCUCUGCCUGCUACUGUAGGCCCAACAGCUUCAUCAAUCAUCAUCGUGUGUCUGGACUGAAAAGAGGACUUGCCGACACUGGGGCAUGCUGGAAUGUUGUUAAUUCCCUGUUGUGGAUGGAAAAAACAUAGAUGUCUCAAAGGUAUCCCACACAUGAAAAAUAGGAAAGCCUCUUUUAGAACAACUCCUAUCUGAAUAGAAGGUGACUUCUGUAGUAUUUCUCAGCUUAUGUACCCAUGAUGAAUGUUGUAACUAAGCUCAGAGUUUUCAUUUAAAAAGAAAAAGUUAGUUUUUGCCUCUCUUUAGAAUCAGGUGUGGAAUAAUUUCAUUUGGAGCAGAGAUUGGAAGUGGCUUCUCUCUUACCAGAUCAUUUGAUGUAUAUGUGCUCAAAGCUCAAAUACCUUUGUAACAAAAUGCAUUUAACUGCAUACUGAAUUCAUUUUUAUUUUUGCACUGAUAAUUUUUAUUGAGAUUUAGAUAUCUAAUUAACUGUGCACUGGAUUCUAGUAUUUAAUCAAUUUGAAGGCUCUUAAGCAAUGAUGCAAGUGUUACAAGUUGGAUAUUCACUAGAAAAUAAAGUGGUAUUUCCAAAA